CUCGGCUCUCGCUAACGUUUCUCGCGAGAGGCACAACACCAUCGGCAAUCUCUCCUAUCGUGACGCGGAGUAAGGAAACAUAUCUCUACGGGAGCGUUCUUCGGUAUGCCGCAUCAUAUUGCUGUUCUUCCGGAAGGCGUGAUCUCUGCAUUGGUGGGUCAAUUGAAUGCUUGUAAUGGAGGAUUUGGAGCAAGAGAGCGACGUUUCCUGAUGCUACCGCAUCCACGCACAGGUCUUCCAACUCUAUUCUUGCCCGUUCUUUCCGAGAAUAACGCGAAGGAUGAGAUUCUCGAAGUGCAAGCAAUCUCACCUUCGAAACCGCGCUCAUGGUUCAUGCCUGAAGGUGAGGUGGUAGAUGAUGGAAAGCUGCUCCUGCUGACUCCCAUCGACCCUUCAUUCCUGUUGAUAUCUGUUCUCCAAUCCACUCAACCGACGGACGGGUCGUCUGGAAAUUAUCGGUCAUUGGACGAUAUCUUCGAGGAUGCUGCCUCCAAAAUAGCGGAGGCACAGCCCCGAAGCCUUGAACAGGCAGCAUCGUGCUCGGUCGAUGACAUUCUUCAGCUCAUGUCGCUAGCAUGCAUACAGAACGCUAUGAGAUGUAUCUGUAAAUUUAAGAAGGUCGCAACAGACAUCAUAGUCUAUAGAUAUUCACACGAAAAGGCGAUUGAAUAUCUCCACACCAAAGUCGCCCGUUUAGCGAAGCCAGAGAUAUGUGAAGUCUCGAAGACCGUAAUCCGGCAGUUGGCGAAGGACGGCUUGAUGGAUGACGAGAAGGAAACUCUGCUCCAUUCUGCAAGAGUCAAAGCUGCCUGCGACUUAGUUUCACAAUACAUCUCGCCUGAAACUUACUCUUCGUUGCUUGCGAAAUUCGACUUUGCUGAGUUACAAUCAUAUCUGCAAGCCAUUCAGACCGAACAAGCGGCCGCAGCAGCUGAGGCAACGAAUAGCGGGAAUGCGAAGAAAAGCAAGAGCAAGAAUGGCGAUACAGCUGAGAAGAAACGCAAGGCGCAGAGUAAAGCUUCGCAAGGAGUCGAGAAGCUGAAGAAAGCGAAUGUUAAGGGAAUGGCGAAGAUCUCGAGCUUCUUCCAGAAACCUGAUCAAUGAAUCGGUGAAAGAGACCGAGUUGUUCGUACCCAGAGACUGUCCACACAUAUACCACAGCACAUAGUCUACGAGUGGAACGAGGGAAAUGCAAGUAGUAUAUGUAUACACCAUUUAUGCAGUCGACUUCACGU